AUGGCACCGAUUUACGAUUUUCCGCGCGCUGCGCGCGCCGAGCACGGCCACGGCGCCAAAAAACAGACGCCGCUCGAGCUGCUCUGCUUCAUCGAGGACUUUGCGCGGACGGCCCACCUACGCUCCUGGUCGUUGCACGAGAUAAUGUACAUAACAAAGUCGCCCCAAGGCGCGCGUACCGGUAGCUAUGACAGGGACCCCGCGGCCGCGGAUCCGGCGGCGGACGGGGCUGGCGCGCAAGCGCCGGCCACCGUCGGGCCGCCGGGGAUGCGCCGCGCACUCGCAUCGGCUGCCGGCGCGGCCAUCGUUGGCGACGGCUCGCUCGCCGACUCCACCGUCAACUCCCUCGGUGUCACGUGCGGCGGCGGCGGCGCCCCAGUGUGGUGCGCGGAGCCGCCGCAGCAGCCGCUCGCCGAGCUCUGCGUCUCUGAGGAUCCGAUCGAGGCCUCGGGCUCCACGAGCAACGAGACGGUCUGCACGACCGCCACGGCCCACUCCAAGAGCGAGGCCGACGAGACGGGCACAAAGCUCAACAUCGGCGACUACGCCGAGCUCGCCCCAUUUGACGAGACUUUCGGCGCGACCAAGAUCGGUUCUCGAGUCGUGAAACCCUCACUCGAGGAGAGCUUCACGAACGCCACGGCCCUCUCAGAGGUCGAUGUGGCCUCGCUGCUCUUUCUCAACCCUUGUGCGGCCGUGCUGGCGCUGCUCCUCGCGGCGUUCCUUGAGCCGUUGCUGCGUGGGCAGGUCAAGAAGAAGAGCGUGGAGGGCCGCAGCCACGCAGCGAUCUCCGUACCCUUGCUUUCCAGCAAACGUGCUCUCCGAGUUGGCAUUGUGAUCCUCUUCUUCCUGCAGGGCGUAUGGGGCACCCCAGCGGCACCGCCCGUCAACGUCAGCAGCCCGUGCUCGCUCACGGACGGCGGCUGGUGCGCCGCGUCGCCAAACUACCCGAACAGCUACGGCAACAGCGAGGAGUGCACCAUCAGCGGUGUGCCGCCGGUCGGGCUGGAGACGGUCGCCUUUGAUGUGGAGGCGUACGGCUGCCGCUACGACUAUCUCACCGUCAACGGCACAAAGUACUGCGGCACCUCGGGGCCGAGUGGCGCGGUGGCGGAGGACGGCGUCAUCGAGUGGCGGUCGGAUGGCAGCGUAGUCGGGUCGGGCUGGAAGGACCAGCUCCGCAACCUGAUCGAGGACGCUACUUCAACUCCUGCCGACGUCUCCGUCUACCUGCCGCCCAGUGCGCACUUCAAGCUGAGCCGCCAGAUCAGCUGCACCUCCACCAUCAAAGUGACCGUCGCGAGCAGCGGCGAGGGCGCGACGCUCGACGGCCAGGGAGAGACCGGGCUCUUUUACCUCUCGGGCGGCUGCAGCCUCGCCCUGCGGGGGCUGACCCUCGUCAACGGGAGGGUGGGUAGCGGCGGUGUUGUGAACGCAAACGGCGCAGGCGACGUCGAGAUCAUCGAGUCGGUCGUCAGGGACUGCUCGGCUACCUAUUUCGGCGGCGUCGUCUACGCGCAGGACAGCGGUGCGGUCUCGAUAAUCAGCUCGACCGUCGCCGGCUGCUCGGCUGGCACGUGGGGCGGCGUCGUCUGGGCGGUGGACAGCGAGUCCCUCUCCGUCGCGGGUGUCGACUUCAUCGACAACAGAGCGGACGGGUCAGGCUCGGUGCUGUACCUGCAAGGCCUCAAACAACGUCCCUCCAUCAGCAACGCCUCCUUCAGUGGCAACGACGGGCUCCUUUAA